CACUGUUUUGCCGCCUUCCCGCAGCGUGCCCCCAUCCCUCGGAGGAGCGGGGCAGCGGCGAAGAUGCGCCGGUCCCCUCGGCGGAGCCAGCAGUGAGCGCCCGAGGGAGGCACCUGCCCCGCGGAGCCGCCGCUGCCGCCGAGCCGGCGGGCAGGGAGGGGGGAAGAACACGGGGGGGGACACACGGACAGCGGCCUCGCCCCGGCACCGACACUUCGCCCUGAGUUUAACGACUCCGGGGCCUUCGAGCAUGAGCAAGCCGGCGGGAUCAACAAGUCGCAUUUUAGACAUCCCUUGCAAAGUGUGUGGGGACCGCAGCUCCGGGAAGCAUUACGGGGUUUACGCCUGCGAUGGGUGCUCCGGUUUUUUCAAGCGGAGCAUCAGGAGGAACAGGACCUAUGUUUGCAAAUCGGGCAAUCAGGGAGGCUGCCCGGUGGACAAGACGCACAGGAACCAGUGCCGGGCCUGCCGGCUGAAGAAGUGCUUGGAGGUCAACAUGAACAAAGACGCAGUGCAGCACGAGCGGGGCCCCCGGACAUCAACAAUACGGAAGCAGGUGGCUCUCUACUUCCGCGGGCACAAGGAGGAGAGCAGCAGCGCUCCGCAUUUCCCUGCUGCCGCCCUGCCAGCACCUGCCUUCUUCACCACUGUCUCCCAGUUGGAGCCACAUGGCCUGGAGCUGGCUGCCGUUGCUGGCACACCAGAGAGGCAGGCUCUGGUGGGCCUGGCGCAGCCCACCCCAAAGUACCCCCAUGAAGUCAAUGGUACCCCUAUGUAUCUCUAUGAAGUGGCCACCGAAUCCGUCUGUGAGUCAGCAGCCAGACUUCUGUUCAUGAGCAUCAAGUGGGCCAAGAGUGUCCCAGCCUUCUCCACCUUGUCCUUACAAGACCAGCUGAUGCUUUUGGAAGAUGCUUGGAGAGAACUGUUUGUUCUAGGAAUAGCACAAUGGGCCAUUCCAGUUGAUGCUAACACUCUACUGGCUGUAUCUGGCAUGAACGGUGACAAUACAGAUUCUCAGAAGCUGAAUAAAAUUAUUUCAGAAAUACAGGCUUUACAGGAGGUUGUGGCUAGAUUUAGACAACUUCGGCUAGAUGCUACCGAAUUUGCCUGUCUCAAAUGCAUUGUCACUUUUAAAGCUGUGCCUACACACAGUGGUUCUGAACUGAGGAGUUUCCGAAAUGCUGCCGCCAUAGCAGCCCUUCAAGACGAAGCCCAGCUCACUCUGAACAGCUACAUUCAUACCAGGUAUCCCACACAACCCUGUCGUUUUGGAAAACUUUUAUUGCUUUUACCAGCUUUACGUUCCAUUAGCCCAUCUACAAUAGAAGAAGUGUUUUUCAAAAAGACCAUUGGGAAUGUACCAAUUACAAGACUGCUUUCAGAUAUGUACAAAUCCAGUGACAUAUAAAUCACCUUAAAAUAAAGCAUCAGGAUGGACAGUUUGAGAAGAACUUUAAUCUAUGGAGAAAAAGCCUCAACUAACAAAAUCUACAGGAAGCAUAAACCUGGGAAUGUUUAGCCUUUAAACCCAUUGACACAAAAUAGAUAUGAUUCUGCUGCUCUGAACAGAGUGAUUUAGAUCAUGGAGAGAAUGCUUUGUUCUAUGGAAAAAGUGAAAGUGGUUGGAAUUUGGCUGCUAUUCCUGCUACUACAGGAUGGAAGCAAUUCAGAUGCCAGUCAUAGUUAACAAAGACUCCGCUAUUCUCUCAUUUAACUGGCAGAUCUGAGACAAAAUGUGAAAGAAGGUACUUUAGUUUGUUCAGUAUUUGGAACCCGGUGACCAAACUUGGCUUCUGUUGUAACAUGAGGUGCGGUGGCCUUCAGAAUUGUUUUAAAAGUAGCCUAUGUUGAGAAAAUGUUUUUGAUAUGAUAGGCAACGUUUAAGACCAGGUUACCAAAACAUUGCUUCUGCUUAUAAUACAUCAUGAAGUGGCCUUCAGAACUGAUUAAAAAGUAGCUUAUGACAGCAGCUCCAUUCAUCCCUGCAAAAUGAACUGGUGAUCUUUGCUGCGGAUAUCACCACAAUUUGUUUGGCUAACAUCUCAAAGACAGAAGAGCAUUAUACACUCCCUCCCUGACCUUCCUCCCUUCUUCCACACACAGAGACAUGUAUUCGCAAACACACCUGAAAAGACACGAGUCAAGAAAGGAAGACUAAAACAGCAAAACCAAAUACAAUGGAGAUGACUGCUUCAGUGACCUGCUGGCUGUCCCGUUGGCACAGUGCUGAAACCAAAGGCAAUGGUGGCCAAACUCUUUGUCAAUGAGAUGUGCAGAGAAAUGACUAUUAAGAAAAAAUAAUCAAUGGAAGGAAUUUUAUUUCGAAGAAAUGAAGUUGUUGACUGAUAAAAUGCUAACAAUUUCCAAAAGUCUCCAAUGCCUUUUUAGAAAACUCCAGGUUCUAAUUUUGAAGCCUUGUUCGCCUACACCCUCUCACACACAGUCAUGUUAUAAGCUGCUUAUUUGAUGUAUAAAAAAAUGUAGGAAAAAAAACAUUUAAAGAUAGCUGCUGUACUUUUCAAAAUUUGAGUUGUUAUUAGGAACUAGCACUGAGAAAAAUCGGCACUCGGACUAUCAUAGAAUGAGUAAAACUUUUCCUGUACAAAGUGGAUUAACUGAUUUGUGAAGUUAAAAAGUUGUACUCAUUGUAUUUACAAAGAAUAAAAAUAUAUUGAAUUUAA